AUGCCGCCAUUUCGCAUUGUCAUUGUUGGAGGUGGAAUUGCUGGAUUCACAGCGGCGAUCGCUCUGCGUGGACCCAACCGACAAAUCACAGUCCUUGAGCAGUCUAGACUGAACAAGGAGAUUGGUGCUUUGAUCUCCUUGCAACCGAAUGCAUCUCGGAUUGUUGAGACGACAUGGGGACUGAAGAAGGAAUUGAAAGCGGCGCAAGAAAUCGUCGAUGAAGGAUUCCGUGUUUAUAACACGGACGGUGUUCUAGUUAACAGUGUGCCUCUCAAGACCAAGACGGAAUUUGGUGCAGACCGCUUGUGCUUCCAUCGAAGAGAUCUUCACGAUCAGUUCAAGAAAGCUGCAACUUCUCCUGAUCGUGAGGGCGAGCCGGUAACAGUCCGAGUCGCCUCCCGUGUAGUUGAUUGCAGCCCACUCGAUGGUACAGUCACCCUCGAGGGAGGAGAGGUGGUGACGGGAGAUUUGAUCAUUGCUGCCGAUGGAAUUCACAGCGUGAUUCGCAAACAUGUCUUGCAAGAGGAGCCAUCCCCUUUGCCCACAGGGCAUUCAGCCUAUCGCCUCAUGAUUCCCUCGGAGACCCUGGAAAACGAAGUGCCCGAGUUCUGCUCCAAGAUUAACCCCCGCGAGCCUUUCACCUCCAUGAUGGUUGCUCAGAAUUGCCGACUCAUCAUGGGGCCUGGCAGACAGGGUGAGGUCUACGGUAUUACUGCAUUGGUGCCUGAUGAGCAAAUGAACGAGGACCCCGGCGCCAAGCAAUCUUGGGUGUCCGAGGGAGACCUGAACAAGAUGCUUCAGACUUUCUCUGAGUUCCCUACUUGGGUCACAAAUGUAUUCAAACACUCUGCCGAUCUCGGAUUGUGGCAACUGCGUGAUUUGGACCCCCUCAAGAAGUGGCAUCGUGGCCGAGUUAUCACCAUUGGAGAUGCUGCUCAUGCCAUGCUCCCUACACAGGGCCAGGGCGCCAGUCAAGCAAUUGAAGAUGCGGAGGCACUGGGUGCCUUUUUCGAAGGCAUCAGCGAGGCACCCUCGGUAGAAGCGCUGUCCGAGAUUCUAGAGAACAUCUUCCAGGCUCGGUACGCCCGAGUCAGUCUCAUCCAAGCUUACAGCAGAGAAGCGGCUAAGCCAGCUGCUGCAAAGAAGACGGUCACAUUGAGACCGGAUGAAUUCAUGAAGUUUAAUUGCAUGUAUCGGGGGGCCAAGGCUUGGAGCAACGAGCAGAUUCCAGUCUCUGCUUGA